UUUCUUGCGAGGUAACUUACGUGUACCUGAGUAUGUACCAGUAUGCUGGAAGUUACCUAUUACAUCACCGUUAAUGACGUAAUUGGUUGUAUGGAAGUAAGAUCACCUGAAAAUCGAAAGUUAGGCAUAACAUAACCUUGUUUUGUUUCUGUGUUUUUGUUGUAAUUUUUACUUGUACCUAUGUCGAUAUUAAGUAAUAAUAGUAUGUGGAUGAAUGCAUUAUUAGAAGAGUUUUGUAUAGAUGAUACUUUGACCACAAGUGUGCACAUAGUAAUGCAUUUUCUAUUAAAAGCCGUUCCUGAGUGGACCAAAUUUAUUGUAUUGCAAAAGCAAAGGAAAUGCCAUUUUCGUAUGCCACUUUGUUAUGAGGAAUGGAUAACAAACUAUCUUGAUACCGAUUUUUUUAUUCAUUUUCGAAUGAUAAAGUCAACAUAUUUCAAAUUGACCACUGCAAUUGGAAAAGAAUUAACAGUAAAAAAAUACAGAGGAGGGUUUGAAAUAAUACCUCUAGAGAAAGAAAUCCUAAUCACUCUCUGGUACCUUGCCAAAGGAGAAACGUUAGUGUCGAUCAGUGAUAGAUUUAAUGUUAGCGUGUCAAAAGCUUUCUAUAUUACCAUGAAAAUUAUUAAAGUUAUCUGCUCUCUUAUGCCUAUUUAUAUUAAGUGGCCUAAUGCGGAAGAUUGCGAACAAAUUGCAAAUGAUUUUCAACAGCGUUGUAAUUAUCCAGAUGUGAUUGGUGCUAUUGACGGUUGCCACAUAACUUGUAAAAUACCCAAGGAGCAGCAUGACAGUUAUCAGGAUCGCAAGUUUUGCCAUUCCAUUACCCUUCAAGGAGUGUGUAUUUCCUCCAGAUUAUUUACUAAUAUUUCUGUUGGUUAUCCAGGAUCUGUGCAUGAUGCACGAAUACUUAGAGAAUCGGACUUGGGAAAAAUCUGUGAAACUAACUGUUUCAAUCUGUUUUACGGUAGAUACCACUUGGUGGGAGAUUCCGCAUAUCCAUUAAGGUCAUGGUUAAUAACUCCGUAUAGGAACACUGGAAUUAUGCCGCUGCAACGGAAACACAACUACGCACAUAGUGUGACACGGGUUGUAAUCGAAAAUACUUUCGGCAUGUUGAAAGGCCGUUGGAGGAUUUUAAAUUUUGUUAAUGUAUAUACCAUUGAAAAGGCUAUUGAUAUUAUAACCGCAUGUUGUAUACUGCAUAAUUUUUGCUUGUUAACUUGUGAUAUAUAUGAAGUAGAUGUCACAUCAAGUGAACAUGAUAGUUGUGAUACUUAUAUUGGCCGUAGAAAUCGUGAAGGGACUAGAAAACGCGAUUUGAUAUCACAAACUCUUUAA